GUCUAAUGUAUAGUAUCAUGGUUUAACGGUACAGUUAAAUCGUUAUCGAAUCGUAGCGUGUAUGGCAACCUUUACCAUUUUCUGAACGAAAAUAUCGAAUGAUCACGAUUAAGUAAAUCGGUUCGUCAUUCGUCGCAUUUGAUUCGAUAUUCGAAUUCGAUUACAACCAGAUGAUUACAGUUAAGCAAGAUCCAUAUCAAAACAAAAAGUGGAAAUAACACUAAACAAACCAAAAGAAAAGCAGACAUGGAAGCUUGUCAAGCAGUGGAAAGAGAAAUUGAUAAAGUUUGUUCGAAGUUUGGAAAUAUAAAUGAACACGCCAAAAGGGUUCUAUCGGAUCUCGUAAACCAGAUUCAGAACUUAAAAGAAGAGUAUGAUAAUAGUGGAAGCGAACAUGUUUUAACUGAGCUUCAAGUCGAUAUUUUGAAGCAGAACAUGGUGAAGAUAAAAGAAACAAUAUCUAAAUUGGCAACCGAUCACCGAGAUUUACAUAGUACAGUUUCGAAAGUAGGAAAAGCAAUCGAUCGCAAUUUCACAGCAGAUUUCGCUGCUACUAGUCGCGAAGAGAUGUUCAACAAUCCCGAUAAAAUUAACCUUAUUAAUAAAGUUAUUUGUCAACAUUUUUACAGACAAGGCAUGCACGAUGUAGCUGACCAACUCGCCCAGGAAAGCUCCAUUACGCCAGAGACGCACGAGAAAGAACCCUUCACCGAAAUCAAUCACAUCUUGGAAAGAUUAAAGAUGAAAGAUUUGGAGCCGGCUCUGGCGUGGGCGACGGUACACCACGAAAAUUUGGAGGCUCAAAAUUCCUCUUUAGAGUUCAUGCUGCACAGAUUGAAGUAUAUUGAAAUUCUACGUAAAGGUCCGGUAUACCAGACAGAUGCGAUUUGCUAUGCUAGGUUACAUUUCAGUAAAUUCAUGUAUCGACAUGAAAAAGAAAUCCAAACGUUGAUGGGGAUGCUUCUGUAUGUCCCCAACGGAAUAAAUAGUUCACCAUAUAGUUGCCUUUUAGACCAAGAACUGUGGAUAGAAAUCUGCGAGUUGUUUCUGCGCGAAGCUUGCCAGCUUCUCGGCGUAUGCGUCAACAGUCCUCUGACCACUUGCAUCAACGCCGGCUGCACUGCCAUUCCCGCUUUGCUCAAUAUUAAACAGGUUAUGAUGCAGCGACAGGUUACUGGCAUCUGGAACGGUAAAGACGAAUUACCGAUCGAAAUCGACUUAGGUAACGAAAACAAAUAUCAUUCGAUGUUUGCUUGUCCGAUUUUAAGACAACAAUCGACGCAGUUCAACCCGCCAAUGAAAUUGAUCUGCGGACAUGUGAUAUCACGUGAUGCAUUAAACAAAUUGUGCAAUGGAAAUAAGAUGAAAUGCCCCUACUGCCCUAUAGAACAGACUCCUUCAGAAGCACGGCUGAUAUUUUUCUAACCCCUAUGUAUAUAUCGGCAGUACGGUGGUUAUUGUAUUCUUCGUAUAGACGCGAUAAUAAUAAUUAUUACGGUUACAUUUUUUAUGGAUAUUUAGUGUUGUGACAGUUUUAGUGUUAAGUUUGUUAUAUCUCAUUUAUGAUUUUUGUGAUCCAUCCGAAAUACAAAAAAAAAAAGUUUUAUUUAUCAAUAA